AUGAUCAUCUACGCGCUUGUCGCGCGCGGCACCUGCGUGCUCGCCGAGCACACCGCCACCGCGGGCAACUUUGCUCUCGUUACGCGCCGCAUACUCGAGCGGCUGCCGCAAGAGGAGGGCCGGGCCAGCUACUCAUACGACACGUCGCACUCCUUUCACUGCGUGAUAAGGGCGGGCCUGGCGUUCCUCUGCAUGGCCGACUCGCGCACGGAGCAGGCCGCCGCGCACGCCUUUCUCGACGCGGUGCAGUCUCGGUGGAGCGCGGCGUACGCCGAGAAGGGGCUCACGGCGCUCGCGUACGCCAUGAACAGUCAGUUCGCCGCCGCCGACGCGGCAAAUGUCUCGCGCGUCGAGGGCGAACUCGAGGAGGUGCGGCAGGUGAUGGUCGAAAACAUAGAAAAGGUGCUCGCGCGCGGCGAGAAGAUCGAGUUGCUGGUGGACAAGACGGAGCACCUCACGCACCAGGCCUUUCAGUUCCGACGCACCACUACACGCGUCAAGCGGGGCAUGUACUGCAAGAGCCUGAAGCUCAACCUCUUCCUCUGCACCCUGCUCCUCCUCGCGAUCGGCGCCGCGCCGGUCCCGGGGCUCCCGGUUGUCCUUGGGUAG